CGCUGCCGCCCCUCGAUGCGCGCAGGAGUCCCCCCGCCGCCCAGUACCCAGAGCCCGCGCCGCCACCCGCUGCCCGCCCGCCCGCCCGCGCACCCCAGCGCCACCAUGCAUUCGCUCUUCAAGAAGAGAAACAAAGGCAAAUACAGCCCCAAGGUGCAGACCCGGAGCAUCUCCAACAAGGAGCUGUCAGAGCUGAUCGAUCAGCUGCAGAAGAAUGCCGACCAGGUGGAGAAGAACAUCGUGGACACGGAGGCCAAGAUGCAGAGCGACCUGGCCCGGCUGCAGGAGGGCCGGCAGCCCGAGCACCGGGACGUGGCCCUGCAGAAGGUGUCGGACUCGGAGAAGCUGCUGUACAUGCUGGAGGCGGAUGCAGCCAUCGCCAAGCACAUGAAGCACCCCCAGGGGGACAUGAUCGCCGAGGACAUCCGUCAGCUGAAGGAGCGUGUGACCAACCUCCGUGGGAAACACAAGCAGAUCUACAACCUGGUGGUGAAGGAGGUGGACCCACAGGUCAACUGGGCGGCGCUGGUGGAAGAGAAGCUGGACAAGCUGAGCAGCCAGAACUUCGGAACAGACCUGCCGCUGGUGGACUACCAGGUGGAGCAGCACAACAUCUUCCACAACGAGGUCAAGGCCAUCGGGCCCCAUCUGGCCAAGGACGGGGGCAAGGAGCAGAACAGCGAACUCCAGGCCAAGUACCAGAAACUGCUGGCGGCGUCGCAGGCGCGGCAGCAGCACCUGAGCUCCCUGCAGGACUACAUGCAGCGCUGCACCAACGAGCUGUACUGGCUGGACCAGCAGGCCAAGGGCCGCAUGCAGUACGACUGGAGUGACCGCAACCUCGACUACCCCAGCCGCAGGCGUCAGUACGAGAAUUUCAUCAACCGGAACCUGGAGGCCAAAGAGGAGAGAAUCAAUAAGCUGCACAGUGAGGGAGACCAACUGCUAGCUGCUGAGCAUCCUGGGAAGAACUCCAUUGAGGCUCACAUGGAGGCAGUGCAUGCAGAUUGGAAGGAGUAUCUGAACCUGCUCAUCUGUGAGGAGAGCCACCUGAAGUACAUGGAAGACUACCACCAGUUCCACAAAGACGUGAAGGACGCUCAGGAGCUGCUACGCAAGGUGGAUUCAGACCUGAACCAAAAAUACAGCCCUGACUUCAAGGACCGAUACCAGAUUGAGUUGCUGCUGCGGGAGCUGGAUGACCAGGAGAAGGCUCUGGACAAGUAUGAGCACGUGGUGCAGGGCCUGCAGAAGCGAGGGCAGCAGGUGGUGCCCCUCAAGUACCGCCGGGAGACGCCCCUCAAGCCCAUCCCCGUGGAGGCGCUCUGUGACUUUGAGGGUGACCAGGGCCUGAUCUCAAGGGGCUACAGCUACACCCUGCAGAGGAACAACGGAGAGAGCUGGGACCUCACUGACAGCGCGGGAAACGCACUGACCGCCCCAGCCGUCUGCUUCAUGAUCCCCCCCACCGACCCCGAGGCCCUGGCUCUGGCCGACAGCCUGGGCAGCCAGUACCGGAGCGUGCGGCAGAAGGCAGUCGGGACCAGGAAUGCACUCCAGCAGCGGCAUGAGGUGCUCAAGGCAGAGAACCCUGGAGACGCCUCUGACCUGCAGGGACGGCAGCUGCUGGCAGGCUUGGACAAGGUGGCCAGUGACUUAGACCGGCAGGAGAAGGCCAUCACAGGGAUCCUUCGGCCACCGCUGGAACAAGGCCGGGCUGUGCAGGACAGCGCCCAGCGGGCCAAAGACCUCAAGGUACCACCAGGCUGGGGCCCCUGCUCAAGCUCCCAUCUCCACCAGCCAUGUGUCACAAGAAUUCCUGAGUCAUGGGGGGCGGGGGCGGUGCUAGGCCGGGGAUCAGGAGGUGCCAUGGCCUCCGAGCUGCAGGCCCAGAAGUCCCUCCUCAGUGAGGUGGAGCAGAACCUGCAGGCUGCCAAGCAGUGCUCCAGCUCCCUGGCCAGCCGCUUCCAGGAACACUGCCCUGACCUGGAGCGCCAGGAGGCCGAGGUGCACAAGCUGGGCCAGCGCUUCGACAACCUCCGCCAGCAGGCUGAGCUCAGGGCCCAGAGCCUGCGGAGUGCCAAGGCUGCCUAUGAUGACUACCGCAGUUGCUGCGACCACAUGCUCCAGUUCUUGUCCAACAUCCCCAGCUAUGAGCCCCAGGAGACAGACAGCCUUAACCAGAUGGAGACCAAGCUGAAGAAUCAGAAAAACCUGCUGGAUGAAAUAGCAAGAAGGGAACAGGAAGUUCAGAAAGUCUGCGCUCAUUCCCAGCAGUACCAGCAAGCUGUCAAGGACUAUGAAUUAGAAGCAGAGAAACUAAGGUCCCUUCUUGACUUGGAGAAUGGAAGGAGCAGCCACGUGAGCAAAAGAGCCAGGCUCCAGUCCCCUGCUGCCAAAGUGAGGGAAGAGGAAGCGACCCUUACUGCCAAGUUCACCGAAGUUAAUGCCAUCAACAGACAGAGGCUGCAGAACCUGGAGUUUGCUCUGAAUCUACUGAGACAGCAGCCAGAGGUAGGAGUGACCCAUGAGAGUCAGCAAGGGAGCCAGCCGGGCUCCAGAGCAGAGGAGUCGUGGAAGAUUCGGAAGGAGCUGGACGAGGAAACUGAGCGGAGGCAGCAGCUGGAGAAGGAAGUCAAGAGUGCCCAGGAGGAAAUCCAGAUUCUGCAGAAUCAGAACCCCCAGGAAGCAGUGGUGAGGAAGGAGGUGCUGAAGAAGGUUCCGGACCCUGCACUUGAGGAGAGCUUCCAGCAGAUGCAGCGGACGCUGACGGAGGAGCAGCACAAGAACCAGCUGCUUCAGGAGGAGUUGGAGGCGCUGCAGCUGCGGCUACGCGCCCUGGAGCAGGAGACCAGGAACGGCGGGCAGGAGUACAUAGUCAAGGAGGUCCUGCGCAUCGAGCCAGACAGAGCCCAGGCCGACGAGGUCCUGAGGCUGAGGGAGGAGCUGGAGGAGCUAAGGCGGCAGAAGGGCACCCGGGAAGCAGAGGCGGUCCUCCUGCAGCAGCGCAUCGCGGCCCUGGCUGAGGAGAAGAGCCGGGCGAGGGAGAAGGUCACUGAGAAGGAGGUGGUGAAACUGCAGAAUGACCCCCAGCUGGAGGCAGAGUACCGGCAGCUGCAGGAGGACCAGCAGCAGGAGGGCAAGCACAGGGAGAAGCAGGAGGAGGAGCUGAGCUUUCUGCAGGACAAGCUAAAGAGACUGGAGAAGGAGAGGGCCAUGGCUGAGGGGAAGGUCACCGUCAAGGAGGUGCUCAAGGUGGAAAAGGACAUGGCAGUUGAGAGGGAGGUUGGCGACCUGAAACGCCAGUAUGAGGACGAGUCUGCCAAAGCUCGUGCCCACCAGAGGGAGAAGAGCGAGCUGCUCCGAAAGAUUUGGGCCUUGGAAGAGGAAAAUGCCAAGGUGGUGGUGCAGGAGAAAGUGCGGGAGAUCGUCCGGCCAGACCCCAAGGCAGAGAGCGAAGUGGCCAACCUCCGCCUGGAGCUUGUGGAGCAGGAGCGCAAGUACCGGGGUGCCGAGGAACAGCUGAAGAGCUACCAGGGUGAGCUGGAGGCACUGCGGAGGCGGGGCCCGCAGGUGGAAGUCAGAGAGGUGACGAAGGAAGUCAUUAAGUACAAGACUGACCCUGAGAUGGAGAAAGAGCUCCAGAGGCUCCGGGAGGAGAUCGUGGACAAGACCAGACUCAUCGAAAGGUGUGAUUUAGAGAUCUACCAGCUGAAGCAAGAGAUCCAGGCUCUGAAAGACACUAAACCCCAGGUACAGACCAAGGAGGUAGUCCAGGAGAUCCUUCAGUUUCAGGAAGACCCCCAAACCAAAGAGGAAGUAGAGUCUUUGAGGGCCAGACUAUCAGAGGAACAGAAAAAGCAAGUGGACCUGGAAAGGGAGAGGGCUUCCCAAGAGGAGAAAAUCAAACAGAAGGAGGAGGAGCUUUCCCAGGUGAAGGAAAAGGUGGUCCAACAGGAGGUAGUCAGGUACGAGGAGGAGCCGGGCUUGCGAGCUGAGGUGGAUGCCUUCACCCAGAGCAUUGAUGUGGAGCUCCGGCAGAUCGACCACCUGCGCGGGGAGCUGCGGCGGCUACAGCGCAGGCGGGCCGAGCUGGAGCGGCAGCUGGAGGAGCUGGAGCGUGAACGGCAGGCGCGCAGGGAGGCCGAGCUGGAGGUGCAGCGCCUGAAGCAACGGCUGGCCGAACUGGAAAAGGAGGAGGGGGAAGCCCAAGAGAAGGUGACCCACAAGCAGAAAGUGGUGCUACAGCAGGACCCCCAGCAGGCCCGGGAGCACUCCCUGCUCAAGCUCCAGCUGGAGGAGGAAAGGCACCGGCGGCAGGUCCUGGAGAGUGAACUGGAGACCCUAAAGAAGAAGCUCAUCAACCUGGAGAAGAUGGAGGUCAAGGAAAAAGUGGUCUUCUCCGAAAGUGUCCAGGUGGAGAAAGGUGACACUGAACAGGAAAUUCAGAAGCUCAAGAGCAGCCUGGAGGAGGAGAGCCGGAACAAGAGGGAACUGGAUGCUGAGGUGGGCCGGCUGGAAGCCAAGCUGUCAGAACUGGAGUUCCACAACUCCAAGUCGUCCAAGGAGCUGGACUUUCUCAGGGAAGAAAACCACAAACUACAGCUGGAGCGGCAAAACCUGGAGCUGGAGACCCGGAGGCUCCAAACGGAAAUUGAAAUGGCGGCAACGGAAACACGGGACCUGAGAAACAUGACCACAGUGGACUCUGGGACAAACCUCGACUCCAGACUAUGGUCCCUGGAGAGAGAGCUAGAUGACCUCAAAAGGCUCUCCAAAGACAAAGAUCUUGAGAUCGAUGAGCUGCAGAAGCGCCUGGGCUCUGUGGCCGUCAAGAGGGAGCAGAGAGAAAACCAUCUGCGGCGCUCCAUUGUGGUCAUCGACCCUGACACAGGCCGGGAGCUGUCCCCGGAGGAAGCCCAUCGGGCUGGCCUCAUCGACUGGAACAUGUUUGUGAAACUCAGAAGUCAGGAGUGCGACUGGGAGGAAAUAUCAGUCAAGGGUCCCAACGGGGAGUCCUCCGUGAUCCACGACAGGAAGUCUGGCAAGAAGUUCUCCAUUGAAGAGGCCCUACAGAACGGGAGGCUGACCGCUGCUCAGUACGACCGCUAUGUCAACAAGGAUAUGUCCAUCCAGGAGCUGGCCGUCCUGGUGUCUGGGCAGAAGUAGGCACAGCCCUGCCCCUCAGUCCCCUGGAAGCUGACGCUGGCUCUCCUACCCCAUACCUUCUUCUCCCUGGCCCUGUGCAGGCUCCUAGUCCGUGCGGAGCUGAGCAUGCCACCCAUGCCUUCUCGGCCAAGCUACUCAGAGUAUAGCUCACGUACAAGCAGAAUGGUCACUGGCUGCACCAUCAUUUAACCCAGGUGAGAGACCUGCUUCAUCCUCCAAUGAUUCAAAAUCACAAAGCCCUUUUCUCUCCCUUGUCCUACACACGUCCAUCAACAGACUCCUUGUGGGAAACCUGGAAGCAAUCCGAACACUACUAAAGCACAAGACCACUGAGGCAGACCAGCCCCUCCAUGCAGCAAUGGCCUUCGCACACCAGAUGGGGAAACUCUAGGGCAGAAAGGCCUCCCUUAUACACACCCUUCCAUUCAUCAAAGGACUGGGCCCCUUGGGGCUGCCGACCUGCACUCACACCCCUCCAGUAGUCUGGCUGAGCGCCAACUUUCCGUCAGACUUCUAAUGGUGAGACAGAUCUGGGAUCUGUGCCAGAAAAAGGUGCAAAGAAACCAGCACAGGCCCCUCUGUCAGCCUGACUGUCCCAGGAGAACACUCCAUUCGAGACUUUUCUGGUUCUGAAAUUAAAGUGUUUUUGUUGUGGACUGUGUUGCUGUUAGCCUUAGCUUCAGGGCCUUACAAGUCUUGUUUAUUCUCUAAUUGGUAUUUAGGUAUACUACACAGUUGAUUUUUCACCAAAUUAAUUUCAGGUUCUCUGUAUCUCCUAUAUUACAUAAGAAAACGGAAAGAAAUAGGGAACUCCACCUUAUAGCGCAAAAAAUAAACACCUGGUGGCUUGACUCUAA